AUGCCGCGCGCGUCGUCGCGCGCGCGCGCGUCGACGCGGUGCGACCGCGCGUCGGGGACGUCGCGUCGUCGUCGCCUCCAGCGCGCGCGCGCGAGGCGACGCGACGUCCCGGGCGCGACGGAAACGCGGGAUGAUGAUGAUGAUGAUGAUGAUGAUGACGCGCGACGGCCGUGUGUCGUCUACGACGUCUCGCGCGCGCUCACGGCGUACGACGACGUCUGGGCGUGGCAACGCGGGUUCGUUCACGCCGCGCUGCGACAGAGCACCGAUCGAUGGCGAGACGUCGCGAUUCUGUGCGCGCAUCCGCCCACGGUGACCCUCGGCGCGGGGUCCGUCGAGGCGCACGUGAAAUUCAACCUCGACGCGCCACCGGAUGGGUUCGAGGUGCGACGAUGCGAGCGCGGGGGCGAGGCGACGUAUCACGGGCCGGGACAGUUGGUGCUGUACCCGAUACUCAACCUCGGUGCGGAUGGACGGGCGCGGGAUUUACGCGCGUACACGUCGGCGUUGGAGGAGGUGGCGCUGCGGGCGAUGAUCGAACUCGGGUGCGACGCGUCCAAGUGUCAUCGAAUAGACGGCCUCACGGGGGCGUGGUGUGAUGGACAUAAACUCGCGGCGGUGGGCGUGCGAGCGCGGCGGUGGAUCACCUAUCACGGCGUCGCGCUGAACGUGUGCCCGGACCUCUCGCACUUCGCCGUCGUCGUCCCGUGCGGAAUCGACGAUCGACCGGUGGGGAGCGUGGCGCAAAUCUUACGAGGGGAGGAGGGCGUGGUGAGUUCGGCGUUCGCGGCGCGCGUGCCGGAGACGCGCGCGCCGAUGUCGACGCGGGAGCGCGACGAACUCACGCGUCGCGCCGCCGACGCCGUCAUUCGCGCAUUCGCCGACGUCUUUCACGUCGACGUCGACCGCAGAUCGCGCGCGCCGACGCCGCGCGAGAUCGAUGCGUUAGAUCUCGCGUGA